AUGACGGUUACACAGAACCGGCAACUUCGGACUCUAAACAAAGAUAUCAUCAACAUCCGUACUCGACAAAUUCAGGCGCAACUGAAACAAUCUGAAUAUCAACAGGCGUAUGUAGCAUGGCCAUGGCAACCACGUAGAGAAAGUAUGAGACCAACCGUCAAGAAGACAGCCCUGACCAGCAGACCCAAACUCAAGACGACAAAUCAAUGCACCUUUGUUUCUCACAAGACAACACAGCGUCCAAAAGCAUCAUGCAACAAAAAGGGUUACAGAGCUCCAUCAACCAAAAUGCAAGCGGAAACUACAUAUGACAAAGACUUCAAGGAGAAAACUGCCAGCCGACCGGCACCAUUUAAGCCUAAGGAAAUGGAGGUAUCUUCCCCAGGACCAUUUGUUAGUAAGACGGUGUAUGAGAAGACGUACACUACUUGGACUCCAGAGGAACUUGACAAUUCUAAAGUCAAAGUCAAAGUUCCUGAAGAUAACUUAAAGACAAGUAAUCCCGCGAAGAGGUUUCAGGCCACAACAACUGUUAAGGACGACUACAAACAUCAUGGCAACGCAUUACCGGCCAAGUCCACAAAGCCUGCCGAGAGGCCUUUAAUUUCGACCGUACCUUUCGCUGACGAAACGACCCAACGGGCUGAUUUUACUCCCAAAUCACCCCUAGUGGUGGAGGCCUUCAAGCCCAAGGAAGACUACAAAUUCAACAACACCCCUUUUGAUGACCUCACAAUAUUUCGCCGUGAUUUUCCAGCCCAUAUGGGGGUGAAAAAAGAGCAAAGUUACAAGCCAAAGAAUGUUUAUUCACCGAGUGCCUCUGAAUUCGAUGAUCGAACUACCCAACGAAUGGCGUACCAGGCAUGGCCCCUCCCCAAACGGGAACACCUGCCGUGGGCAGACCGACCAGAAUACAAGCCGAACAGGGCCAAACUUCAACUUGUCACUUCAUAUCAGAGUGACUUCGAGGACCCUAGUUACGUCAUUCCUCAUGCUCUCAAAGAGUGCCGGGCCACACCUUACAAGUACGCCAAUAACCUUGGGGCUGGAGAGUCUGGACCAUUCGAUGAUCGAACCGAGUAUCGAUCUACAUUCAUAGCAUGGGAGGGUGUCAAACGACCAGCAUCUUAUAAGAUAAUUGAAAAGUUCCAGUACCCCAAGACACCCUUUAGCGGGGAAUCUACAUUCAGUAGUCACUUCAAGGGAGUGCGAGCCUCUCCGGCUAAAUCAUGCCGUCCAGAACGCCGUCCACACUCAUCAGCUGGCCCUCUAAGUUUCGACACCACAUACCGUGCAAACUUCGAUGUAAGGGGUCGCCCGAUGAGCUGCCCAGCCCCGCGGCAGUCCCCAGACCGCUCCCCGGACGAAGUGGAAAAUGACGAAGGGGAAGGGGAUGAUCAGAGUGUGAAACAGGCGACCGAGGUUGUUCUGGAAGAGGUGGUCAAUGAGGAUAACAAAAUCGAAGAAUAG